AUGACUAUCACUCAGCAUCGACCGUUUGUGGCCGAGCGGAAGUGCCCUUCUUCGCCUAAUCACAAAGGCCUGGCUCGGCGCGAUCGAUGUGACAAGCGUGGCCGCCCCGCAAGAAAGGGUCUACGGAAUGUCCGACACGCUGAUACAGGCUCGACAUCACUCGAAGCGGAUCUUGUAGCUUUGGCAGCCGUGUUGGAACGGAGGAGCGUGGAAUUGGAUUGCGGUUUCGAGGCAUGUAAGGGCCCGCAUCUGGCAAGUCACUGCGUACAGAUGCAGGUGGGCAGGCCGCGCCAGUCGGUUCAUGUCGCCUUUGCUUUGCAGGCUCGACGCAGGGUCGUCACUUCGAAUACGAGCAAUUUGCUCGACGUGCGAAAACGUGGGCGACGUGGGUCGCUGCACUUGCAUCACGGCGCCCAAGACGCUACCUGUGAUGACGAUGUGCUCGCUGAAGGCGCGGACGAGGGCAAGGCGGCUAUUCCUAGUAGAGGUGUCGCCGAGCAGCGCCACACUCGGCCGAUCCUCCGAUCCUCCGAGCCGGGUAUCUUGCCCGUGUGCUCGACGCUCUUUCCACCGACAAUGCAGACUCUGGCUCUGCAUCAGCUCGAGGCCGAUGCCGCGUUCCGCGACCAGCGCUACCCUGUCGGAAUGGCCGACCGUCUAACUGCGGCAGAUGGGUCGGUGCGGUAG